GAAGUGGUUGUUAUCGCCAUUUUGAAACAAAAUCCGAAAAAUAAUUGAGAAUGAUAAAGGAUUAACGAGUUCUUACCCUCUCAUUUUGAAAAAUGUUCUUCAUUUUAUCAACUAACAAUUCUUACCUUUUCGUCAUACUUAACAUUAUCUAAUCGAAGAAAAUAGAAAAAUUCAACACACUUCACUGAAUUUAUGAUUUUAACGCUCAAAGGGCGGAAUGACCUAGUACCUUUUGCGUCAGAAAUGACAGGAUUAACUCAGGCAAAUCAAUCCAUCAACAAGAUUCAAUGGUUUAGCAAAGAUUGGUAAAUUCUUUUUGGGCUACAUAACUUCUAAUAAUCACGGAAGAGAGUUCGAUUUUCAAACUUAUGUCACGUUUGUAUUUUGUUUAGUUGAACAGGAAGUAGAGUUGAAUCCUCUUCUUGUAGAGCUUUCUCCUGGACCGAGUUCCGUUGCAGUCACAAAUGAGCAACGUAAAUAACCCAUUUCUAGAGAGAUAUAGUCUGGAACACGAUCGAUGUUUACCGACACGUUUUGACGAGAGAUAUGGAUGACGGGAAGCAUGAACAGGUCAGAACAGAAACACUCCUUGACUCAGUCGUGCGGCAGUUGUCGGUGUAUGCAGUCGCCGCUAUGGGUUUAUUUCUCAUAGUAAAAGAACACUUUAUCGGUUCGCUCAUUGUCUGCCAACCAAUCAACAGGGGUGUUAAAGAGAACCUGUCCUACAGCCAAUCACAGGCAGAUUAUGAUAAAGCUUAUUGCUUAAUGUCAAUGACAGAUACCCGGGAAAACCUGAUCAUCGCAUCAGGAGGUGAGCCUAACACAAUCCCUGGGGUCACCAUAAUGGGGAUCAAAUCUGAAGAAGGACGUGUCAUUUAUCAGAAUUAUCUUCCAUUUGCUUUGGUCAUUCAAGCUGCUCUUUCUUGCAUUCCAACGAUUUUAUGGAAUACUUGGGCUUCCGAUAUUCUUCGUACCUGUAUAAGAUUCGUGGCUGACAGCUCUAGUAAGAUUUGCCCUGUUCGAGUUGAUUCAGGACAUUCACCUGUCAAAAAAGACCAAAGUUUUGAAAUUCUUAAUGAGUAUCUAAGCGCUCAAGUUGAACGCUGGGAAGGAAGGAAAUUCCUUAUAAGAGUUUACACUACAAAGCUUAUGUUAAGUCUUGGUAUCUUCAUCUUUAUGGUGACCUUUUAUGUAGCAUAUCCUGUACUGAACUACGUUGAAUUCCAAGGGUCUUUUGUUUGUCACGUUCACAAGCAAACCUUGGUCACGUGUGUAUUUCCUGAUGUAGACCUAUUCAAGUUAGCGUGGAUUGUGAAUAUCGUGCUUGUCGACAUAUCUAUUGCUAUCGUAGUUCUCCAAUUGUUAAACGUUGCUUUCUGUCUGCAACGAAAGACAACGUUUUUCUCCUAUUUCAUGGGAGUCGAAGAAAGAAAAAUAUCACGAAUACCCAACGAUUCGCAUUUGAUCUCUCAUUUUUGUUAUGAAAACGCUGCUGUAAUGUGUCCAAGUUUGAUGAACAGGUCUUCCAGUCCCGGAAAGACAAUGCACACCCCGCUUAUUUCACUGGGAAGUUCCGAGGAGGAGUUACACUCUCCCAGCUCAAGUUCAUCACUUUCAUACAGCACGGCACCACAGCUUUUCAGACGACAAACUGCCGACUGAGAAAGGGAUUUUCCAGUGACAAUAAAAACAAACUUUAAUUUGAGAGGUUAAUAAUAAUUAAUCACUAGUUUUGCGAUAGAUGGUUCCUGAUUUAUCUAAUGGAAAGAUAACGAACGAUGCACAUAUCCGUUAGGUAACUUGUGAUUUAUCCGUACAACAGCUUAUGAUCUACCUUCCGUGUAAUGGCUAAUGCUUUACCCGCCGGAGUGCUGGUGGUUUACCCGUCGGACACCUAAUAAAGAAACCGUCGCAUAGAUAGU